AGGACCCCGUAGCUGGCACUACGCUCCGUUCACAUGAGAGCCGAGCUGGGAGAGAGGUCACAUGACCGUAGAGGCAGAACCCCAGGUGGACAGAGCGGAUUGCUGAGAGAGUGAGAGAUCACAUGACCCUGGGGGCAGCUGAGAGGAAGAACUGAGUGAGCUGCACGUUAGGUCCCCGCUUGCCUGCCAUGGCUAAUGUGGCUAAGAAGGUCUCCUGGUCGGGACGGGAGCAGCUUGAGGAGGACGGGGAGAGUACCCCACUACUCAAUGGGACCAGCUCUGCCGGGGCGCAGCCGCUCAGACAGCAGUAUUCAAGUCCAAAACUCUACCGCAUUGGCCAACUAAGCACAGUGGAUCUUACUGAUGAAAACCAAGAGCUGGAAGAAACUGAACUUUCCACCACGUUUACGAAAGAAAUCCCCCACAAUGAGAACCUCUUGUCCCUCAAAUAUGAGAGUUUGGACUAUGACAACAGUGAAAACCAGCUAUUUAUGGAGGAAGAACGCAGGAUAAACCAUGCUGCAUUCCGAACGGUGGAGGUAACCCGCUGGGUCAUAUGCGGCAUGAUCGGAAUUUUCACCGGACUCAUCGCCUGCUUCAUAGACAUCAUGGUAGAGAAACUGGCUGGGGUCAAGUACCAAGUGAUCAAAGACAACAUCGACAAAUUCACCGAGAAAGGAGGCCUGUCCUUCUCGCUGCUGCUAUGGGCAGCCUUAAACUGUGCCUUUGUCAUGGUUGGCUCUCUCAUCGUCGCCUUCAUAGAACCUGUGGCAGCCGGCAGUGGCAUUCCUCAGAUCAAGUGUUUUUUAAAUGGAGUCAAGAUCCCACAUGUUGUAAGACUCAAGACAUUAAUGGUAAAAGUUGUUGGGGUCAUAUUAUCCGUAUCCGGUGGGCUGGCAGUUGGAAAGGAAGGUCCUAUGAUUCACUCGGGCGCUGUGGUCGCAGCCGGCAUUUCACAAGGAAGAUCGACCUCCCUGAAGAAGGAUUUUAAGAUCUUUGAAUACUUUCGCAGAGACACGGAAAAGAGAGACUUUGUGUCAGCGGGAGCUGCGGCCGGGGUCUCUGCGGCGUUUGGCGCCCCCGUCGGGGGAGUGCUUUUCAGCUUAGAAGAGGGAGCCUCAUUCUGGAAUCAGCUGCUGACAUGGAGGAUAUUUUUCGCCUCCAUGAUCUCCACCUUCACCCUGAAUUUUUUCCUGAGCAUCUACAACCAGAAGCCCGGCGACCUCUCCAACCCUGGCUUGAUCAACUUCGGCCGCUUUGACACCGACGAGAACAGCUAUCAGUACUUUGAGCUUCCGAUCUUCAUGUUUAUGGGAGCAGUAGGGGGCAUGCUGGGAGCUUUGUUCAACGCCUUAAACCACUGCCUCACCACCUUCAGAAUCAGGUAUAUCCACCGCCGCUUCCUUCAAGUGAUAGAAGCCAUGCUGGUGGCAGCCGUGACGGCGACGGUGGCCUUUGUCACGAUUUACUAUUCCACCGACUGCCAGCCACUGAGACAGGAUGAUACGGAUUAUCCUUUGCAGCUCUUCUGCGCAGACGGAGAAUACAACGCCAUGGCCUCUGCAUUCUUCACCACCCCGGAGAAAAGCGUCCGCCGCCUCUUUCAUGAUCCACCAGGGUCUUUCAACCCUCAGACACUGGGCGUGUUCACAAUCCUGUAUUUCUUUCUGGCCUGCUGGACCUACGGGCUGACUGUGUCCGCCGGCGUGUUUAUCCCUUCCCUGCUUCUUGGGGCUGCCUGGGGCAGGCUCUUCGGCAUUCUAUUAACAAUUGUUCCUAAUGGAGUGUCAUGGGCCGACCCAGGGAAGUACGCGCUGAUGGGAGCAGCAGCCCAGCUGGGUGGCAUCGUCAGGAUGACUUUAAGUCUCACCGUCAUCAUGGUGGAAGCCACUGGAAACGUCACCUACGGUUUUCCCAUCAUGCUCGUCCUGAUCACAGCCAAGCUUGUCGGGGAUUAUUUUGUCGAGGGCCUCUAUGACCUCCAUAUCAAGCUACAGAGUGUCCCGUUCCUUCACUGGGAAGCCCCUGUGACGUCCCACUCUCUGACUGCUAGGGAAGUAAUGAGCACCCCUGUUGUUUGGCUGAGGAGGAGAGAAAAGGUCGGCGUCAUCGUGGACAUACUCAGUGACACAUCCUCCAAUCACAACGGGUUCCCGGUGGUUGAAAAUACAGUGGACAGCAGCCGGCCAUCUCGGCUGUGUGGGAUGAUCCUAAGGUCACAGCUGAUUGUUCUUCUCAAGCACAAGGUGUUUGUGGAGAGAGAAAAUCUGAGCCUGGUACAGAGACGGCUAAAGCUGAAAGACUUCAGGGAUGCCUACCCACGAUUUCCACCCAUCCAGUCGAUCCACGUGUCUCAGGAUGAGAGGGAGUGCCAGAUGGAUCUCACGGAGUUCAUGAACCCCACGCCAUACACGGUACCCCAGGAUGCCUCCCUCCCGCGAGUGUUCAAGCUGUUCCGUGCCCUUGGCCUGCGGCACCUCGUCGUGGUGGACAAUCAUAACCGAGUCGUAGGUCUGGUAACGAGAAAAGAUCUUGCUCGGUAUCGGAUAGGUAAGAACGGCCUGGAAGAGCUGGAUCUGGCCCAGACGUGAUAUUGCCCUACCUUUUCUGUGUGUUUUCCUUGGAAUGGGAACGUACUGCACUGCCCGACACAGAGCUUCCGUACAGAGCAAGGUUGUCUGGGAUUUUGUUUCCAGAAACAAAGGGGUGCCAAUAUUGCUAAUGGACCUUUCCUUCCCCAGAGUAGUGUGCUGCUUAUUGCUCUGUUAGGGAAGGAGUUAGUAUACAAUUCUCCAUUGAACCCCAACUAUGAUCAGCUGGUACUGCAUCGACUCUUCUGCCUGACCGGGAAGCUCCUUCUGCACGUCAGGAACUCUGCUUUGCUUUGGCAAGAAUAUGGACUAAUCCAGACUUGCCGCAUUCUGAUUGGUUGAUGACGUUACAAUCAAUCGUCCAAUCAACUGGCCAAACAACCAAUGGCAACGCCCUGCCCACGUCGUCAUUGGGGUUCUGAAACUUAAAAUCCAAGAUUGUUUUUUUUAAUAUUUUCUGUAUAAAAGAAAAGUAGUUUUUGCACUGAAUUAUGGGCCAGUGUAUUUUUCUCUUCCUGAACUUCGUUUCCCCUCUUCUUUUCUUUUUUUAAUAAUAGUGAAUUUUAUAUUUAAAGCUGUUGCCGUGUAAAUAAGUUCUAUUUCGUUAUUCACCAUCCUGGUAGAACUGUCCCUGGGCGGGGAUUUUUAAGGCUGCCCGAUUAAUGGCACUGUUUGCCAGAAAAAGGGCGUUUGCCAAAAAAUAAAAUGAUAAUAAAAAGAAAAAAACGA